AUGGUUUCUGGCACCUUUAUCGGGCAUAAUAACAGGGGUCAAUUCAUCGCGGAGGCUAAGAGGCACCGAGACUGGGAAUCGUUUUGUGUUCGAGAACAUCCAGAUGGCGGCUAUGUCCUCCUCGUCAAACAGGGCAGUGGGUUCUUGCCGAUGCGAAUACACGGGGGCACACAGAUCGCAGUCAGCACUACUAGAGAUGAUGGCAUAGCAUGGGAUUUUGUUCGUGCCGAAGAUGACGAGUUUUUUUGA